GUUUGCACCUUUUCUACUACAUAUUGCCCAUUUUUUCUGACUUCUCUGUCUUUAAAUAUCUCUUUCUUAUGUUUUCUCAUCUGUAUACUUCAGAUUAUUCCUUCGGGUCUUAAAAGUUGUGCUUUUGCCUUCUGGGUUCUUCAUUUCGAUACGUAAUUUUGUCUGGGCAUCUGUUAAGUUCCUUCGAAUCCUACAGUUCAAAGGAUUAAAAAAGAAAAAAAAUUCCCGGGAAAUCGUGUGUUUUAAUAUUUGGACUUUCUUGUGAUUUUUUAAAAUUUUCCAAGAUCUUCCGUUUUCAAUCUCAACCUCACGUCUGUCUUAAUCGCGAUUUCCCUUUAUCCUCUUUUUUUUUUUUUUUUUUUGGGUUUACACAUUAUAUUUUUUGGUUUUGUUUUCGUAAGUGUGUGUUGCAGCUUUAUCGGUGUAAGAAAAGGACUAAGCAGUUGAAGUGGUGGUUGGGUUUUUGGUUUCAAUCCCACGAGAAAACUUAGGGUUUCUUGUUGAUCCACAAGAAAGGCUUCUCCUUGUGAUUUCUUCGCCUAAUUCAUUUUCUUGUGAUUUAAAAACGCGAGAAAGCAAAGGGAAAAAGACUAAACAAUUAAAAGUCUCUCUUUUUUUUUGCUUCUGGAUUUCGUUUUCGUUGAAAUCUUUGUUGCCUAAUCUACGAUGGAACCAUCUGGAGUCGGAGCUGAGAAGAGACCCAUCGUUGACUUUGUCAAGGAUAAAAAUGGAACCGAUCAGAUUCUUCUCCAGAGUCCUAAAGGCGCUUCUGUAAAGAUUAGUUUACAUGGAGGACAAGUUCUUUCUUGGAAGACUGAGAAGGGUGAUGAAUUGUUAUUCACAAGCGCAAAGGCCAACUCAAAGCCUCCCCAUCCGGUACGAGGAGGAAUCCCAAUAUGCUUUCCUCAGUUUGGAACUCGAGGAUCACUUGAGCAACAUGGGUUUGCAAGAAACAAGAUGUGGCUUGUGGAAAAGGACCCACCUGCUUUACCUUCAUUCGACUCAACCGGCAAAGCCUAUGUCGACUUGGUACUUAAGCCCUCUGAUGAAGACACAAGAAUCUGGCCUCACAGCUUUGAGUUUCACCUGAGAGUUUCAUUGGCAUUAGAUGGGAACCUAACGAUGAUAUCUCGAGUCAGAAACAUCAAUUCAAAGCCUUUCAACUUCUCCAUUGCUUACCACACUUACUUCUCCAUUUCCGAUAUCAGUGAAGUUAGAGUUGAAGGACUUGAAACUCUUGACUAUCUUGAUAACUUGCACGAUAAAGAACGGUUUACAGAGCAAGGCGAUGCAUUAACCUUUGAAUCUGAGAUCGAUAGAGUGUACUUAAACUCUAAAGAUGUGGUUGCUGUUUUCGACCAUGAGAGAAAACGAACCUUCCUCAUCAAGAAAGAAGGUCUACCAGAUGUCGUGGUAUGGAAUCCAUGGGAUAAGAAAGCUAGAGCACUGACUGAUUUGGGAGAUGAAGAGUACAAACAGAUGCUGUGUGUUGAUGGAGCAGCCAUUGAGAAACCCAUCACAUUGAAACCGGGUGAAGAAUGGACCGGGAAAUUAAAUCUCUCGCUUGUCCUUUCCACUUAAAAAUCGGUACUGGUUAUCUCAAACCGAUUGAUUCUUCUCUGUUUCUCUUAUUAUAUUUUGGGGGUUUAUUUUUUUUUUGCUGUAUAGUCUCUAUAGAACAUCACAAUUGUGUGUGAUUCUUGGGUAUGAAUUAAAAAGGAAAACCUGAGAUUUGAAAACGUCACCCGUUUUUUGGAAGUGACAAGAUCCUGGUUUUGUGCGAGAUUUAACUUGUGUAUGAAGAUAUUGUUACAUUUAUAUGAUGAAUUGAGUUUGUAUUAUUUUAUUUGGGUGAAAUCUUCGUUAUUCAGUUAAGCUUUCUCCU